CCAGGUUUUUCGAUCAAUAAACCGGGUUUCUCGAAGGUACCGUUGAUAUACAAGGUAUAUCGAAUAAAUGUGAAUAGGGCUUGCCAUAGGUCUCGCCCGCCCAUCCGUACUCUUCAGACAGGUCUGUACCGUGAAAUUGGUGUCUAAAAUUUUUCGUGUCUAAAUCUUAAUUACAUCCAGUGAAAUUUAUCUUGCCAGUGGGCCAUGUAUUUUCCAAAGAUGAACAAUAAUCAAAUCAACAGGCCGCAGAGAUAUAUCUACAGAAACCAGCUCACAAUAAUCAGAAAUAUAUAGCUUUGAAAAAUAUCGAGUUUACCCAGAGUUAAGCUAACUAGCUACAGCUACAUUAUGAUUAGAUCCCCCCCCCAAAAAAAACAAAACAAAAAAACACAACAACAACAAACAAAUAACACACACACACACAUAAACAGGCACCAUGACAUGACUGCUAAAAUGUAGCUAUUAUGGCUAAACAUGAAUUAAAUGUCUUUUAUCUUUCUUAAUAUAGGUACACCACGUGCAAUAUUCUUUCUGUUAUGGAAUUUUAUGUGAAACCCUGCUGGAUACAAAUUUAUAAAGUGUAGCUAAGUGGGAUGCUAAAACAAAGAAAAAGAAGCCUUGUUAAGAUGACUCAAAACUUUAAUGUGAACUAGAAGAUGUAUGGUUUUGUGAAGCUAUGGAACCAAAAAUUACACAUGGAAAAAUUUAGCUAGCUAUAUAAAGCUAUGGAAACAUCUUUAGCUGCUUCUGAAGAUGUUGGUAAAUCCAAAUCUGAAGAUCAUUCAAUCUUUCUUAAGCCAUUAACCUUGGAGGUGUAUCAACAGAUUUUAAACGUCAUUCUAUUGGACUCUGAUUUCAGUUCUGAAUUGAGUGAUUAUGACGACCAUAUUUUAAAUGAGAUUCCAAUCUUUUACAAAAAAUACAAGAGAAAUUUUUUUAUUAACAAUAAUAAAAAUAUGAGAAAAUUUCAACUCAAAUUAAAAGAUGGAGAACUAGAGCGCUUUCACACUGGUAUACCAAAACUUCAAGUUUGCAUAUAUAAUCGCAAGACAAAAAUAACUACAUGGCAGGAACUGGUGCCACAAGAGUAUGCUGAAAAAAUAUUAGAAAAAUUACAUCAAAUAAAAAUUGACACAGAAAGAAUGACAUGCCAUCCAAAUUCAAUCAAUAAAUUAACUAAAAAGUUUAAUGAUACAUACUAUUUCCGUGGAAUAAAUGAACUAGCAAGAGUUUUUCUAAAGAACUGCCCUACAUGUAAAGUAUCUAAUCCAUUACCACAAACAGAGCUGCCACCACCAAUCCCAAUUCGUACCUUUUGGCCCCACCAACGUUUACAAUUUGAUUUAAUUCUACUUGCAGUAAAUAAACGCAAAUAUUUAAGCAAUAAUAUAUGGGGGUUCAAACACAUCCUAACAGUAAAAUGCACCUUUUCCAAGUAUAUAUGGUUAUUCCCAAUAAUAUCAAAGGAAGCUGAACAUAUAUAUACAUCAUUACGAUUUUUAUGUGAGAAAGAAGGUUUUCCUGAAAUCUUUCAAAGUGACAAUGGAAAGGAAUUUGUAGCUAAGAUAAUUACUGAUUUUUUGAAAACUCAUGAUGUACAAAUAAAACAUGGUCGUCCAUAUCAUCCUCAGAGUCAAGGUCAGGUUGAGAAUGCCAACAAAGUUGUUAAGAGCCACUUGAAUCGAAUUCUACAACAUAUGACAAAAGAUGAAAGCUUCUACCAGGUAUCAGUAGCAUCAUGA